AGGCAGGGAGCAGUCCGUACUAACUAGACCCUGAUCUGGUUUAACUGCACAUAAGGGGCCGUUGUUGGGCAUAUGAGGCACAGCGGGACAUGCAUGCGUAAAGACAGUAGACAUAAUGAUGCCCAGUUAUGCUUAGGCGGUGAAAAGAUCUGCUUGUUCCAUUGCCAGACAAGCUUUGCCAAAAGAAAGCAAUUGAGUAAUCUGUCUCUACUCAAAAAGUUGCAAGUUUUACUCUGUUUAUAGUUUUUUUUGGCCAAAAUGGGGUGCUCCUCAUCCAGUGCGCAGACUGUGGACCAGGAGAAGAGACCCGGGACGAAGCCUGAAGAGACCAAUGGCUCUGUGGUGAAGAAUGGUUACAUUUCUGAAGAUGCCCAGACCAUUGAAGCCCAGAUGCAGCUGCCCGUGCAGACUGCCCUACCCAAUGACCUCCAUCCACCUGGGCUGGAGGAGGUGAUGGAGCCUGUGUUAUUGGCUCUAGAAGCACAGGAGGAUCUGGGCUCUGGGGUGGACCUACUCUCCUCUCAUGCCACUUUGGAGGUGUUCGAAACCGUGCCUGCAGCGGAGGAGGCGGCCCCUGUAGAAAAUGUUGUUACUGAGACUGUCCAGGAGGUGGAGACACUGGUUCAAGUUACAGAAGACGUUACUGAAAAUGUUGUUGCUGCUCAGGCAGAAGCUCCGAUCUCAAUAGAAGAGGCAAGCAUAGUUAGGGCUGUCUCUGAAGCUGUCCCUGCAGCUAUGGUGGUAGAACCUGUAGCAGUAGUGGCAGAUGUGGCAGAGGUAGAGGAGGUUGUGGUUGAGGAAAGCUUAGAGGAAGAGGCAAAGGAAGUAAGUCAACUGGAACCAGCACCAAUUGAAAAUACUCCUGCAGAAACUUCUUCAAUAGAAUCUGUACCAUCUGAAACUACUCCAGUAGAAUCUACAUCACCUGAAACUACCCCAAUGGAAUCUACCCCAUCUGAGGCUCCACCAGUGGAAACUACCCCUGCUGGUAUUCCCACAAUAGAAUCUACCCCUGUUGAAGUUACACCUGUCUUAACUAGCCCAACUGAAACAGCUCCAACAGAAUCUACUCCAGACUCAGCCAUAUCGUCCCUCAAUGACCCCACCCCGACUGAAAUUACACCAGAAGUUGGUUCAAAUGAGCUUUCCCAACCAGAACCAUCUCCAGCAGAGACUAGUCCAGUUGAAGUUACCUCAGAUGUAACUGCUCCAACAGAAUCUACCCCAGCAAUUGUUCUUGGUGAGUCCAUGUCAGUAGAAUGUACUGCAGUUGAAACUACCCCAGCUGACUCCACCCCUACAAAAUCUACCACAGUCGAAACUAUCCCAGCUGCCCCUGCUCCUACAGAAUCUACCACACUUGAACCUACCCCAGUUGCCCCUGCUCCUACAGAAUCUACCACAUUAGAAAUCACCUCACCUGGCCAUCUCCCUUCAGAAUCUUCUCUAGUUGAACCUACCCCAGCUGACACCGCCCCAACAGAAUCUACCACAGCUGAACCUACCCCAGCUGACACCGCCCCAACAGAAUCUACCACAGCUGAACCUACCCCAGCUGACACCGCCCCAACAGAAUCUACCAUAGCUGAACCUACCCCAGCUGACACCGCCCCAACAGAAUCUACCACAGCUGAACCUACCCCAGCUGACACCGCCCCAACAGAAUCUACCACAGCUGAACCUACCCCAGCUGACACCGCCCCAACAGAAUCUACCACAGCUGAACCUACCCCAGCUAAUACCGCCCCUACAGAAUCUACUCUAGUUGAAACUACCCCAGCUCCAUCUGUUCCAGUUGAGGAUGCCCCCAUAAGUGAACCUGACACACUGACGCCAGUUGAGCCAGAGGUAUUGCCUGAACCCUUUACAUCAGAAAGUACUGAAAUUGCAACUCCAAGUGAUACCGCUCAAUCCAAAAUUGAAGGUGAGCCACAAGUUGAAAUGCCAAGUGAACCUAUUGCCACUUCAAAUAAAAUUGUUGAACCUUCUCUAAAUGUUGAAACUACAGCCUCAAGUAAACCUGUGGGUGUAGCUGAAGCAGCGGAGACAGUUACUGAAAGUGUGCCACAACCAGAAGAAACUAUAGAUGCAAAACAGGUAGAUGCACCCCAGCCUGAAGUUCCAAAACAAGUUGAAAUUGGAAAUGUUGAAGUUGUGGCAUCAAAUGAUCCAGAUGCACUUCCAAUAACAGAAUCACAAGCUAAUAUGGAAACCCCAAUUGCACCAUCCGUAGCAUUAAUAGACUCUGUGAUUGAUCCAGCAAUCGCAGCUGCUACAAUACCAGAACUGCCUCCAUUGUCUCCAGGAAAAGUCCCGACUGAGACUGAGCCAAAAGCUAUGAUCCCAGAAAUCUCCACAGCACCAGCUGUACUUGGGCCACAAUCUUCUUCUCAAAUGACUGAGACAUCUCAAGCAGAGGAGAAGGCCAAAAAGGAGGACUGAACUGGCUGAGUGGUGCUAAAUUGAAGAUGAGUUUCCAAAGAUGCCGGUCGUAAAGAGGCUACUUGAAGAACAAAACUACAAUUUCUACAUUGCCUUAAGAGAGCACACUCCCACCCCUGAUGUCAUCAACAAUUAUAACAUCAAUAACCAUUGGUGCCUUGAGCCAAACACUCACAAGAAUGUGCUAAAGACCUAGGGCUAACCUUAGAGAAGAGUUUGGGCCCAGUAUUUAAUUUAAUAAUUAAACUGGUUUCUUAAAAUAAGUGUGUUUCACAAGGAGAGUAACACUUGUAGUGAACUAUAAUAUAGCUGCUUCAAUAAAAGGAAUAAAAGCCAACUGUGAAUGAAAAGAUGCAAGAACUUAUGGGUAAC